AUGGACCCAAAGGCUUCUACCUCGGCACCUGCCGCACCGGCGCUACCCCCAAACGUCACAAUCUUCUCACCAUCCAAGCCCAGCACAGCAAAAGCCAUUCUCAACGGCAGCAUCUUUACACGACUCACAGCCAACGCCCAGACCGAGCCCUCAAAGCUCGAAGCCGCUCUCAGAGAUAUCGCUCGUCCCGAAGUCAACGACACCUUCUGCUUCAGCCACCGCAACGUCGUCUUGAUCUUUGACGGCGACAAGGACGGCGAGGAUGCUACGGACCAGCACCACGAGCACUUCCGCCUCGUCUGCUUGGCGCUGAAGGACGCCGACAUCAGCCUCGAUGUCGCCGGCUGCAUUUUCGAUGCCCCUGAGGUCUUGCAGGCUGGCUUCCAGUUGGACAUGCUCAACUCGGGCUCCGUUCUGGUUAUCGACUUGAUGGGCGGGGAUGAUGACGAUGAUGAUUCGGAUGAGGACGAUGAGGCAGCCGCUGAGAGGUUGCUCAUGAGUGGAGACUCGGGUGCCACGAUGUCCUGA